AUUUAAUCACAAAUAAAUUCGACCAUAUCUCGUAUUAAUAGAAUAUAUACAUCUUUUCUUUUUUAUAAUUUAAUUUUUUUAAAUAGUCAUCCAAGCACGAACAUGUCACGAAAUGUGCCACUAGAGUGCGCAGUUAACAGUAAUGGCUGCCACCAUUUUACAAUCAAUAACAGUAUUUUCUCUUCUUUUUUCAUGUUAAUUAAGACUGAUGAAAAAGGAGUGAUUUACAGUAGAAUUAUGUCGAGUAGAAAAUAAAAACGUCAUUAACGGUUUUAAAAUAAAUAAAUAUCUUCAACCGCUGCUUUUCUAGCAUAGUUCUAUCUUUUUUAUUUUUCAUUACUAAAAAGAGAAUCAAACACAAUGAGUUCUUUAACAUUGCAAAAAGUACAAUUACACGCAGAUGUCUAUAUGGUGUGUUUGCACCAUGCUUUGUCAACAGAACAUUUUGAAGUAAUGGGUUUACUUAUUGGAAAUUGUGUUAAAGGUAUAGCAAAUAUAUCUGCUAUUAUGAUUUUGUACCGUUUAGACAAGCAAAAAGAUCGUGUUGAAAUAUCUCCUGAACAGCUAUUAAAAGCAGCUGGCGAAGCUGAUCGUUUAACUAUAGAAUUAAAACAUCCCAUGCGAGUUCUUGGAUGGUAUCAUUCUCAUCCACAUAUUACUGUAUUUCCAUCUCAUGUAGACAUUGGAACUCAAGCAACUUAUCAAACAAUGGAUUCUGGUUUCGUAGGUUUAAUAUUUUCAGUAUUUUCUGAGGCUAAGGAUUCAAAGGAACAAGAAAUAUCUUUGAUUUGUUUUCAAUCUCAUGAUGGAAUAUCCGUAGAAGUUCCAUUAGAAAUUGUAUGCACUCCAGAAUUGUCAGAUAUAUGUUUAAAAACAAUGACAGAUAUACCAAAGAUCUUGGUGCAAGAAGAAGAAGAUACAGCAGAGGCAUGUAGAGAUCAUCCAGAUAUUUUUGCUACUAUACAUAAUAAUGCUGUCAAAACUCGCGCACUUCUUCAUAUCACAGAUAUUAUUACUAGACCUUUAGUACUUACAUUUGAAACAAGAAUAGCUUUAAAUAAAUUACGUGCGGCACAUCUUCGAAAGCAAAUGUUAGAGUUACAGCAACUCUGUAAAGGUUAAAAUUCAUGAUAUUAACAAUCAUCUCCAUUGAAAGAAAAUAAACAGAUGAUCCAAGUCCUAUGUACUAUUUCCAAUUUUUAAUAUUAAUCGAUUAUAAAUAAAAUUUAUGCUAUUUUCAUGUUUA